AUGGACGCAGAAAAAGGCAUCAAGGCGGCAGAAGUGUCCAUUCACUCAAGCAGGAAUGAUUGCUGGGUAGUAGUGAACGGGCAGGUAUGGGACGUGACCAACUUCAUGAAAACUCACCCUGGAGGAGAGGAUGUCAUCUUCAAGCAUGCCGGAAAUGAUGCUUCCUAUACCUAUAAUCAAGCACAUAGUCCCAAGCUCCUUGCACGGACUUUACCAUCGACCAACUUGAAAGGUGGUCUUGUUGGCGAAUUGCCAUCGUCAUGGCUUCCAAUACCUGAGACCACGCAGGAGAAGAAAGAAACACAAAGUUCUAUACCUCCACUCUCCACUAUUCUAAGUCUUCAUGAUCUUGAAGCAAGCGCCAAGGACCAUUUGUCGAAGAAGGCAUGGGCAUACUAUUCCUCUGCGGCAACAGACCUGGUCUCUGAGCGAGCGAAUCGUGCACUCUGGGAAAAGAUCUGGUUUCGGCCUAGAAUUAUGAGAAAUGUGAAAAAUGUGAAUACAGAACGUAUCAUCCAUGGAGUGAAAAGCUCUACUCCGUUUUGUGUAGCGCCAGCAGCAAUGGCUAAACUGGCUAAUGAAGCUGGAGAACUGGCCAUCGCGAAAUCAUGCGCGGAGAGCGGCGUUAUACAGUGUAUAUCGAUCAACGCUUCGUACCAAGUGGAGGAGGUGGUCGCCGCAGCUCCACCAGGUACUCCCUUUUUCUUCCAGAUAUAUGUCAACAAGGACCGUUCCUCAUCGGAGACUCUGCUUCGACGGGUCUGGGAUAAAGGAAUUCGAGUUCUUAUUGUGACUGUAGACGCCCCGGUACCUGGGAAGAGAGAAGCCGAUGAAAAGGUCAAGACGAGUGGAACGGUCCAAACACCCAUGACAGGGACCCUAGCUGCUAACGACACGGUUGGAAGUGGCCUGACUAGGACUAUGGGGACUUACAUUGAUAGUGAGCUUUCCUGGGACGACUUGGAUUGGUUGAGGAGUAUUUGGAAAGGAAAGCUGGUUUUGAAAGGGAUCCAGACAGUGGAGGAUGCAGCCAUGGCAGCUGAAGCGCGAGUGGAUGGGAUAAUACUAAGCAACCACGGUGGCAGGAAUCUUGAUACCUCUCCUCCCGGCCUUAUGGUCCUUCUCGAAAUACGGAAACACUGCCCCCAGAUUUUCCAAAAGGUAGAAAUACACAUUGAUGGGGGUAUUCGACGAGGGACAGACAUAUUAAAGGCGCUUUGCCUUGGUGCAACGAGCGUAUUGAUUGGUCGGCCGUUUCUAUAUUCGGUGCUCUACGGUGAGGAAGGGGUUGCACACGUCAUUCGUAUUUUGAAGGAUGAGUUGGAAACAGCCAUGAGGCUUGCUGGGAUUACUGAUUUAUCCCAGGUGCACCCGGGGUUUGUGACUACGCGUGAGUUGGAUCAUUUAGUUGAAACUACAAUCCAUUGGAACUCUAGGGAGUACAUGCUCAAAUCCAAAAUGUAG